AGGCGGGCGUUCUUUCCGGGCGCCAUGGGAGGGCUCUGGCGACCGGGAUGGCGGAGCGUCGCUUUUUGUGGCUUGCCUUUGGGCCGCCCCGGGGCCCCGAGUGGGGCCGCCGAGGCGGUAGAGGCGUGUCUCAGGCCGUGGAGGAGUGGGGCGGCGGUUGCUGAGAGGGGGCUGAGGCGGCUCGGGACAUGGAAGCGCCCCAGCCUGGCCCGGGACCGGGCGGUGCUCCCGCCGCGGCGGCCGAAGAGCACGAACCCGUUCACGCGCGCGCAGGAGGAGGACUGGCGGCGGCGGAACAAGACGCUGCUCACGUACGUGGCCGCGACCGCCGUGGGCAUGGUGGGGGCGUCCUACGCCGCCGUGCCCCUGUAUCGGCUCUAUUGCCAGACUACAGGACUGGGGGGAUCAGUAGCAGCAGGUCAUGCAUCGGAUCAGAUUGAAAACAUGGUGCCUGUUAAGGAUCGCAUCAUUAAAGUCACCUUUAAUGCAGAUGUACAUGCAAGUCUCCAGUGGAACUUUCGGCCUCAGCAAACAGAAAUAUAUGUAGUGCCAGGGGAGACUGCACUUGCAUUUUAUAAAGCUAAGAAUCCUACUGACAAACCAGUAAUUGGAAUUUCUACAUACAAUGUCGUACCAUUUGAGGCUGGACAGUAUUUCAAUAAAAUACAGUGCUUCUGUUUUGAAGAACAAAGGCUUAAUCCGCAAGAGGAAGUAGAUAUGCCAGUGUUUUUCUACAUUGAUCCUGAAUUUGCUGAAGAUCCCAGAAUGGUGAAUGUUGAUCUCAUCACUCUUUCUUACACUUUUUUUGAAGCAAAGGAGGGGCACACGCUGCCUGUUCCUGGCUAUAGCUGAAGUCAACAACUUAAGUCCUGCUUCAGAUUUGUGAUUUUUGAAAAAUCAUGUAUCUUGUCUUCUCAGAGGAGAAAUACUGUACAAUAAUGUGAAGUCUUCUAUUUUAAAUAUUAUACACUAAUGAUUAUUUACCCCCAACUAAUUUAUUCAACUUAAAAUUGAGAAAACAAGUUUAGCUUUUCACCAUGGAUUCCAUAUGCCUAUUCAGAAUGUAUGACUAUGUAAAACCCAUGCUCAGAGUUUGAGUAGUAGUAUUAAAAAAAACUUUUAACUAUGUAGGCAUGGACUUGAUGGUUCCUGUCCACCUUCAAAUUAUUAGUUCAUACUUGUAGCAAUAAGGUUUUUUUAAUGCCCAAGUUUGUUUUAGGCACUAGGUUGACCUUCUGAUGAUUUUAUUAUUUCUAAAAUAGCUGGUUACUACUUUUAUUGUGAACUGUGACUAUUUUAAAGGUUCAAUAUGGAAGCAGAACCACUAAGCCCUAACAGGUUGCCCAAAAUUACAUUCUGAUUUCAGUUUUGGCUGCAUUUUUUUUUCUUGUAGGGUUAUUUCAUAGUCAUAGUACUUAAUAGUUACUUUGAAACUUUUGGGUCAUGAAAUUGAAAUAAAAUGUAUAAACGUGUAUGGAUCUAGUAGGUUUCUCACAUUUCCUAUCAUAUGUCCAAAUCCCUGAAUGUUAAAAUGUAAAUGUAGGAUUGUGAAGAUUUACUGAUACCAGAAGUUCUAUGAACAGACUGUAAAAAAAAUGUAUUAAAUUGUUUUAAUUGUAAUUUGUCAUUAUAAUUUGACAUAUAAAUGAAUGCACAAUUUGUUUUCCAGUGGUCUGUCCCAGUUAGAAUAUUAAAUUACAAUAUAAAGGAAAAAAGAACAUGUUGUAUUAUAAAGAAUCAUAUUUAAAGACAGCCCAAUGUAUAGUCCAGUGACCUCUCGGGGUAUCUAAAUAUAAUUCAACUACAAUCAUCAAAGGUUUAACUCAUAAUGCUAAACAAGAAUACUAUUUAUAAAGAAGUGCAAAUUGAUUUUUACAUUCAACUUUAGUUAAAUGAAGGCACUUAAUAUUUAGUUUCUCACAUUUCACACUUACAUCUAUUCAGAAUUAUUUUGUAAUUAAAUCAUCUGCUCUUCAUUCAGCUGUGUGAUGGUCUCUGUGGUGGAAGGCCUGUGAAACAUAAGACGCUACAAUUAAACUGCUUGGCCUCAAUACAAUGAAUUUUUCUUCUGAAGUUUUAAAUGAGUAUAUGUCACAACCAAGUUCUUUUGAGAUAAAGCUUGAGAUGGUGCCAGGAGCCGUUACAUGUCAGACUGGAACUGUGACUCUUCUGUUAAACUUCAUUAUUGCACAGGAGAAAUUUUCCACCAUGUUUUUGAUGUUUAGUAGGUCUUGUCUUCUCAAAGGUGGACAGUCUGUCUUUCAGAGAGUUGGAGCCCCUAACGCAGCUAGUGACUAGGUCCUCCACUUGCACCUAUAAUAAAGAAGACAGUCCACCAUCUCCAUCUUUUCCUUCUUUCCUCAUUCCUUGAUAACUGGAGAAUCACAUAGUAGAGGAAAGGUGAGAAUUUACAACACUAUUACUUCCAAGGAGGAGGGUGUGUGGGAUAAAUACAAUACAGUUAAUAGGCCAUAUAUUCAUUAGUAAAUUAGUUAGUAAAUAAAUGGGAUAACUAGUACUGCAAAGAAUGAAUUUAGACCCCUGGACAGUGAGUGGGUUUUACCAUUCCCAAUUUGUAAGUAUUAACACGUCUGAUUUCAGUUUCUAAGAAGUUUCUUCGAUCAACUAUUUUUGUUAGCAUUAAUAUUUCUAUACUGUAAACCAAAUUCUCGAUUUCCAAGAUUAUCUUUAGCAAACAAGGCCACAACGAAUGUUAUUCUAUUAGUGAAGAAUAUUUUAUUAGAACUUGAUUUAGAGGAAUUUGUGUAGUAAUUUCAAUCACCAAUGUGUUAGAGAUUCAAAUAGCCUUUAUACAAUGUAAAUAGUAAAUAUAGAAAGCAGUGAUUGCACUGAAAUCAUGUGAUGCAAGAAUGUGAUAUGUAAAUUGAACUCUUUACCUCAACAUUCACUAUGAGUUCCUUUGGGGUGGUGAUGAUCGAUUUCUUCAUAAAUACUUCUAAAACAAACAAGCCAUCAUGGCAAAGAGGGUUAUGUUACCAGUUUCAGAGUACUAUUUUGGCUUUUAACUGCCAAAACCUUAAUUAAAAAUCUGGUCUCAUUUUAGGUGUUCAGACUACAUCAGUGAUGAUAUCAUAAAAUAAGCUGCUUUAAAGAUUUCAAGUUAAAAAGUAUUUUUAUACAAGUGUUUUAUUAAUUCAUUUUAAGCAGAUUUUUGUCAUAGGUACCGGAAGCUAAAAAUUAAGUUUUUUGGUGAUUAAUAGUCAAAGAACAAGAAUACUGUCCCAUCAAUACAGUGUUAUGUCACCAAUCCGUGACUAGCCCUUCUCAAGCUAGAGAGAACCUUUGCUAAGGCAGCUAGAAGAAUCCAUUAAUGCAAAGCUGGUUCCAGUUAUUUCUUAAUAUGCAACCACAGCAUUUUUAUUUUUCAGUCACAAGACUGAGAAUGAAAAAGACCAUUAAGAGCAACAGCCUCUAUAAAACCUCAUAAGUCAUUUUUAAUAAGCCAUUGAUUUCUGCCAAGGCCUAAACAAAUGUAAAUGUAUAACCAAGUCCUGUUAGCUCUGCUACAAAGGGAAGCAAAACAAAAAAUAAAUUAAUCUUUUUGAAAAUGACUUACUCUGUAGUGACAGCAGGAGCUAAGGGAUCAAACUCCAUUACCUCAUAGUAAUUGGGUGACUGGGGAUCACUCUUUGUCAUUGCUUUAGGCAAAAGAAGGAAAAAAAAAAGAUUAGUAAACACACAUCCUGCCUUUUGAGGACAUAUACAAUUAAUAAUUCUCUUAUGACUUAGACUUCAAACACAAAACCCAAACAAACACUGAAAACCAGAAACAAACAGGCUGGUGUUCAACGGGACUUCCAAGUGCAAAGAAUUUACACACAUCAGAAAGAUUUCCAAACUUCCCCUAGACGUUCAUUCAAAAUACAGCACAUUCAAAAUACACAAGCAAGUUUACUGUCUCCUGCUCCUUUACUGUCUCAUAAUGGGAUCAGCCCUGAAUUUAUUUCACGUGGCCUUAAAAAGAAAAUGAAUUCCUGUAAGUUUUCCUUUCGAUAUAUCUCUUAAUUACCAGUUACUCUCUGGCAGACCCACUUAUUCUCACAGGUUUCCUUAUUCGAUGGAAAUAAGGUCUCUAGUACCUGGAUGAUUGCUGGGCAAGGGUGGCAGUCUCUCGCUUGAUGGUGUUGCUAGAACGUUUUGUAGACUAACAGGCUGCAGUAAUACUGUACUGGAAGAUUCCAAAAACUGAAGAAAGCAUAGCACAUAUUUAAAUCAACAUUUUACUUCAGCUUCUCAUAUUUAGAUUCCUAGGCUUCCAAGUGGUGCUAUUCCAAGAACUGUAACAGACUUUUAACUGUAUAAGAAUAAGUAAUUAUUGAUGAAGACUGUCAUCACAGAAGGGUUUUUUUUUAGCUAAUAAUCACUAAUAAAAUGUACUGCUUUUUCCAUCUGGUUUCAUGCACACUGCAUUUUCUACCUAAAAUGUAAAAUUUUUCUGAAAUGUCAUUUUGAAAAAAAAAAAAGAAGCAGGGAUGGUUCAGUCCAGAUUCUGCUGCUUCAUACAGAUGUAAAAAUCUCAGCCUCAAAUAGAAAGAACAAAUAUCUUUUCAGAAAGGUAUAAGGUAAAGACAUCAAGUCAGGAAUGAUAAAGGAUUAAAGCCUUAAUUAGAGACAGCUUUCCAUUCAUUUCACAAAUGUGUCUUGGGCAUCUAUUAGACAUCAAGCCUUACAAAUAAAGCAAUAGAUGGACUAAGUCCCAGCCCUCCUGGAGUAGACACAAACGGAAACAGUUAUCAGAUGGCAAGUGCUUUAAAAAUAAAAAAGGGUACCAGGGAGGAGAGAGGCUGGGGUGGCAGUGUCAGGGAAUGACUCAGCACUGCGGACAGUGAGUAGAGCCCUGACUCUGACAUGGGCCCUGUGAUUAUUUGAGGAGACGCAGAUCACAUGCUCUUAACUGGAGGAGGCCACUGUGGUAGAGCACAAUGAGCCAAGAAUGAAAGGUGAGGCUGGCAAGGUCACAUUCAGAUCAGCAUUUCAGGUUUUUACGGAGUAAAAUGCAGCAAGGAAGAAAAUCACAGGAGGGGUUAAAGAUGAGUAAUAUAAUAUUCUUACUUCUGAAAAAAGAUUGCUCUGGCUUCUGCUCUAAGCAUAGAUUGCCGGGUGGGGACAGAAGUGGCGAGGCAGCAAAGGAUGACUCAGGGCAACCCUUAAGAGGCCAUGGCCGUGUCCGUUUGAAGGCCUGGAUUGGGAUGCAGCAGAGGUGGUGGUGGGAAGUGGCUAUAUUUUGUAGGUAAAAAUAGGUUUAGUACAAUUUUUUAAAGUUUUUGACCCAAGUGAGUGAGUGGUCCCUUUCUUUCGUAGGGAAGACUGCAGAAAAAGUAGGACAGGGCUAGGGAGAAAUCAAGAGGACAUGGUAAGUGGAAGGUGUAAUUCUGAGUUUAGGGGAGGGGUAUUUGGGCUGUAGGUAUCAAUAUUAAAUUGUUAGCACCUGAUACUUCAAGAUAUGAGUU